AUGGCUCUCCGUCGUCGAAUUGCGCUCUCAUGUCUCUGUCUCCUCGUCUGCGCCCUCCUCGUCUGCCGAGUAUGGGUCUUCUCCAGCUCCACCGUCUCUUCUACUACCUCCACACUUGCUUCUAGUAGUUCUCGGGCCGAUGUCAAAUCACCCAGCGCCAGCGCGCCACAGGCUCUGCUAGUAGGCAUUGCUCUAGACGCUGCGGGUUCAGCACCUAGCAGCAGCAGCAGCGCGUCUACUUCCGCGUCCGCCUCGCUUUUGAGGCGUCUCAAAAGCAGCGCGUCUUCCCCGUCCGCGUCCGCGUCCGCGUCGCUUUCCUCCUUCGACCCCAACAACAUCUGCAGUCAGGCCGGCGCUUACGCUGACACGAGUGCCGACGAGGGAUCGGAUCCUGCCGACUUAGGGUUCUCGCACGUCAACGUCAGCGGCGACGGGUGGGAUGGCCCCGCCACGCCAUUCCAGCCCGCGUGCUUCCAAAUCCAAGCUUUUGAUGUGCAAGGCGGGCCAUUCGACCGUGGUUGCAGGCAGCGCGCCUUCUUAGUGGCAAGCAUGCGCCGCGUUGCCACCAACGACGGGGACGAGGCAGCAGAGGCUCAAGUGCAGGCGCCGCGAGUGCAGUACCUGCCCGAGUCCAGCUCGCACCAGGUGUGCUACACGGUGCAGGGCGGUGAUGGGGUGUACGAGGUGGUGGUGGCGCUGCCAUGGACCAACGCCUUCUUGCUGCGCGAGAGCGUCAACCCCAAGCUCGCCUCCGGCUUCUUCAGGUCCAAGGUCGUGGCUCAACGCAACAUCACCGUCGCUGCUUCCAGCGCCCUCCAUGCCUUGGAGAAUGGCACGGGUUCGACUCAAAUGAGCGAGCAGAGCCUGCCGCGGUGCACAUUCACUCUGCUGCGCGACUCACGACAUGAUGGCUUCUGGCGAGGAGACACGUGGCACCCCACGGCCUGCCGCCUGCCUGCCCCCAUCACGCCCGCACGCAUUGGGCGCUGCCUGCACGGCAAGAGCGUCCUCAUUCUAGCUGGCUUCGGGAAAGCCAUAGACCUCGUCCCACGCCUCUCCCGCUCUCACCGAGUGGCAGGAGGUGCACCGAGUGCGGGUGAGGAACGUGGUGUUCAAGGAGGGCCCGCCAGUGGACCCCAGCUCGGGCAUGGCCUUGGCUGUCAACUACAGCACCUUCUGUGGCCGCACCACCUACUGGGGUCACUUCUGGAGCGGCUUCGCCCUGCAGCAGUGAGUGCACAUGCAGCAGUGAGUGCACAUGCAGCAGUGAGUGCACAUGCAGCAGUGAGUGCACAUGCAGCAGUGAGUGCACAUGCAGCAGUGAGUGCACAUGCAGCAGUGAGUGCACAUGCAGCAGUGAGUGCACAUGCAGCAGUGAGUGCACAUGCAGCAGUGAGUGCACAUGCAGCAGUGAGUGCACAUGCAGCAGUGAGUGCACAUGCAGCAGUGAGUGCACAUGCAGCAGUGAGUGCACAUGCAGCAGUGAGUGCCUCUGCAGGAGUUGCUGCGCACAUGCUCCUCGCCGUCUCCUCCCUACCACUGGCACGUUGGGUGAUCGUGCAUCCAGUGCGGCGCCGCGGCCGUGCGUUCACCUUCAACCUCACCUAUGCCACGCACCUGGAUUCAGAUGCCCCUGUCUUUGACGACUGGCGCUCUGCCCCUAAUCUCACAGGCGGCCCCAUUGUCACUCACUUUGCGCCAUUCGACGUAGUGGCAGUGUCCUUUGGCCUGCAUGACAUAACACGCAAGAGUAAUGCAUCGGAGAUGGCAGAGGCGUUCAGGUCAGUGUUUCUGCCUUCACUCCAGUCAGUUGUUCGCAAUCCGGACGGGGUCACUUUCUUUGGCAUCUGGGCAGCGCAAGAGAAGAAGAAGCCGCAGAGAUAUCUCCAUAAGAGCAACAACGUCAGAGGGUUCACGUUCGAUGACCAUGUAGCCAGGUGA